AUGCGUAGCAACACUCUCUCUCUUGCCAUGGGACUGGCGCCCGUCGCCUCUGCCGCUCUCUAUGAUACUGUCAUCGAAACCAAGUAUGGUUCCGUUCAGGGUUAUCCUGCUUUCAACAGCACCAACACUGGCAACUUGACAAACUGGAAGGACAUUACGGUCUGGAAGGGAAUCCCCUUUGCUGCCACCACCGGUGGUGAGAAUCGCUGGAAGGCCCCUCAAACCGCUAGUGCCUGGAACUCGACUUUGAAAGCCCAGACCUGGGGACCUGUCUGUCCUUCCGCUACCAGUGGCAACAAUGACUAUACCAUCGAUGAGGACUGCUUGAACCUCAACAUCUGGUCUCCGGCCAAGAAAACCGAUGCUAAGCUCCCGGUCGUCAUGUGGAGCUACCCGGCCGAGUCGACUGCUGCCGACGCUCUCUUUGACGGUGGUGGUAUGGCCGACAAGGGCAUCGUCUUCGUCAACUACAACUACCGUACCGGACCCUUUGGCUGGCUGGCUCACUCCGAGCUCUCGGAAGAGUUUGAGAAGGUGACUGGAUCCAACAGCUCUGGCAAUUGGGGUAUGCUGGAUCAAUUCGCUGCUCUGAAGUGGAUCCAUGCCAACAUUGCCGACUUUGGCGGUGAUCCCGACCACAUCACGGUGCAGGGCCAGUCUGCCGGCUCUGCUGCAACUCAGCACAUCCUGUACAGCGAGCUCACCAAGGACCUGAUUGUCGGGGCUAUCAUUGAAAGUGGUGUUCGCGAUCCUCACGAUCCUCUCUGCACCAGCCUCGCCGAGGGAUACACAACCCUGGAUACCGCUCUCGAAGCAGGCGCCACUUUCCUCUCCAGCUUAAACGUCUCUAGCAUUGCCGCAGCCCGUGAGCUGUCAAUGGAGGAACUGAUUGACGGCGCUGGCCGAUCCACGUUUGAAGCUGUCCUUGACUACUACGCCAUGCCAGAUACCUACCUCAACAUCUUGAAGAAAGGACUGGCCCACGACGUGCCCGUGAUUACCGGAAACAACAAAGACGAGAACGGCGCCACAUACGGUCUCGAGCUGACUCUCGAAGAGUACUACGAGGACGUAAACGAGACUUACAGCGGCGUCUGGGUUGAGCGAUUCCUCGAGCUGUACCCGGCCAACAGCUCCGUCAACGCCCCGGGUGCUUACAACUCCAUGUUCACCGAUCGCUCCAAGGUCGGCACUUGGUUCUGGUCCCAGCUCUGGUACGAGGCCAAGAGCUCCAAGGUCUGGAACUAUAUCUGGGACCAUGCGCCCCCGGGUCAGGACCAGGGUGCUUACCACGAAUCUGAGAUCAACUACGUCUUGAACAAUCUCUACGGCACUGAUAAGCCCUGGACUGCGGAGGAUUACAAGAUUGCGCAUCGGAUGAAUGACUACUGGGCUAAUUUCAUCAAGACCGGCAACCCCAAUGGCGAAGAUACAGUCGUUCAGUGGCCGGCCGUUGAUACUAAGAGACUUGUCCAGCACGUCGGUGACGGCUGGGGUCAGAUUCCUAUUGCUUGGAGCAAGAAGGUCGCUCUCUAUAAGGAGUGGUUCGCAAGUUUGGUUGCCUACUAG